UCUCGGGCAGAGCUGGGAGGGCAGAGCCGAGAGUGCGCGGCUGGCGUGAGCCACCCGCCCUGAGCGCUAGGGUGGCCUCCCACAGAGGCCCGCGCCAUGAAGUCCAACCCUGCCAUCCAAGCCGCCAUCGACCUCACCGCGGGUGCCGUUGGGGGCACGGCGUGUGUCCUGACCGGGCAGCCUUUCGACACAGUGAAAGUGAAGAUGCAGACGUUCCCCGGCCUGUACAAGGGCCUCGUGGACUGCUGCCUGAAAACGUACUCCCAAGUGGGCUUUCGGGGCUUCUACAAGGGAACCGGCCCCGCGCUGAUGGCCUACGUGGCCGAGAACUCUGUCCUCUUCAUGUGCUAUGGCUUCUGCCAACAGCUCGUGAGGAAGGUGGUGGGAUUGGACGAGCAGGAGAAGCUGACCGAUCUGCAGACGGCAGCUGCGGGUUCCUUCGCCUCCGCGUUUGCCGCGCUGGCCCUGUGUCCCACUGAGCUUGUGAAGUGCCGGCUACAGACUAUGUACGAAAUGGAGAUGUCAGGGAAAAUAGCAAAAAGCCAAAAUACAAUCUGGUCCGUCGUGAAGAGUAUCCUUAGAAAGGAAGGCCCCUUGGGCUUCUACCACGGACUUUCGAGCACUCUACUUCAGGAAGUACCAGGCUAUUUCUUCUUCUUCUGUGGCUAUGAACUGAGUCGGUCAUUUUUUGCCUCCGGGAGAUCAAAAGAUGAACUAGGCCCUGUCCCUUUGAUGUUAAGUGGUGGAAUUGCUGGAAUUUGUCUUUGGCUUGUCAUAUACCCAGUGGAUUGUAUCAAAUCCAGAAUUCAGGUUCUUUCCAUAUCUGGAAAACAGGCUGGGUUUCUGGGAACGCUUCUAAGUGUGGUGAAAAAUGAAGGAACAGCAGCUUUAUAUUCUGGGCUGACAGCUACUAUGAUUCGAGCGUUCCCUGCCAAUGGGUCACUAUUUUUGGCUUAUGAAUAUAGUAGGAGAAUGAUGAUGAACCAGUUUGAAGCAUACUGA